UUCUUCUUUCAAAAUAGUCUUCUUCUUUUUUCGAUUCAAUGGCGCGUACAAAGCAAACUGCUCGCAGAUCCACCCUUGGUAAGGCACCAAGGAAGCAACUCGCCACAAAGGCUGCUCGAAAAUCUGUGCCAACAACCGGCGGAAUCAAGAAGCCUCAUCGUUAUCGUCCUGGAACAGUUGCUCUUCGUGAGAUACGUAAGUAUCAGAAGGGUACCGAACUUUUGAUUCGUAAACUUCCAUUCCAGCGUCUUGUUCGUGAAAUUGCUCAGAAUUUCAAGACAGAUUUGAGAUUCCAGAGCCAUGCAGUUCUCGCACUUCAGGAAGCAGUGGAAGCUUAUUUGGUUGGUUUGUUUGAGGAUACCAAUUUGUGUGCAAUUCAUGCUAAGAGGAUCACCGUUAUGGUGAAGGAUAUUCAACUUGCUCGUCGUAUCCGUGGUGAACGAGCUUAGGGUUAUAGACUAGUUACUAUUCUGGUAUUGGAAUGACCUAGGGUUUUGUUUUAUCAGUUCGUCUUUCUUUUAUGCGUUUUUAGGAUUUUAAUUUUGGUUUUUUUUUAUCAGUUAUCUUUCUUUUAUGCUGCCGUAACUGUUGUGAACAUCAUCUGCUAAUUUUUCCUCUUCUAUUUC